ACCUCACUUUUUAGGGGGCACAAAUUAUGUUUUUGGUUCGUCCGGGCGUGUUACACUUUGCCCGGAACACUCGACUCUUCUCAAGUAAACCCCUCGCAGACCUUUCAGAGGGUGAGCGCUUGAAUUACUUGCGCAAAAUGGCCUUACCCAAAAGCCGGGAGAACCCGGUAAUUUUCAAGUUGGAUUCGCCUGAUUUCCACUCGCUUUUCACCGACGAGUUGAAGACACUUGCGUCGAUGUUUAAACGGUACGGUUAUGAAAUUCGCAUUGCUGGAGGGGCCGUGCGUGAUUUGCUGUCGGGGCUGCGCCCCACAGACCUGGACUUUGCCACAACUGCGACGCCCGUUCAAAUGAAGGAAAUGUUCACAGCGGAAAAUGUGAGGAUGAUCAAUAUGAAUGGGGAAAAACAUGGGACGAUAACGCCGAGAAUCAACGAUAAGGAAAAUUUUGAGGUGACUACUUUGAGGAUCGAUGUGGUGACGGAUGGAAGGCGGGCCGAGGUGCAGUUCACAACGGACUGGUUGCUGGAUGCGUUGAGGAGGGAUUUGACCAUAAACUCGAUGUUCCUGGAUUUUGAGGGGGCCCUUUAUGAUUAUUUCUACGGUUAUGAGGACUUGAAGGCGCAUAAAGUCCAAUUCGUGGGGGACGCUGCGACGAGGAUCAGGGAAGAUUAUUUGAGGAUUUUGAGGUAUUUUCGAUUUUAUGGGAGAAUUGCGAAGGAAGCGGAUAAACACGAAGAGGGGACUUUGAAUGCGAUUAGGGCGAAUAAGGAGGGGUUGGGGAAUAUCUCGGGAGAGAGGAUUUGGAUGGAAUUGAGGAAAAUACUAGAAGGCAAUUUUGCCGGUGAUUUGUUGAUUAAAAUAAUAGACUGUGGGCUUAGCUCUUACAUAGGGUUGCCAGAACGUCCGAAUGUCGAGGAAUUGAAAAAAGUUUGGCAAAAUUGUGGUCACUUAAAAUUACACCCGAUUACUCUCUUAUGUGCCACUUUGCGUAAUCAAGACGACGCCGUUGCGUUAAAUUCACGGCUAAAAUUGUCAGUUUUCGAGCGAGACUUGGCCCUUUUUAUUACCGAACAUCGGGCCCCCAAGCCCCACGUAAAACCCCUAAUGCCUUACCAACAAUUAGUUUUAAAAAUCAACAACAAAAAUGUAUUCCAAUACGUGGUUGAGGUUUUAAAAUACAUCAAUUCUCCCCACUUGGAGGAAUUUCAGAACUGGACAAUUCCCAAAUUUCCGGUAACCGGAAAUAUGCUUAAAGAAGUCGGCGUUGAAAGUGGCCGAAAAAUGGGCCUAGUCUUAACGGAAUUACGAAACUACUGGGCGGACCAAGAAUAUAAAAUCUCCGCAGAAGACCUGCUCAAACAAGUACCCAAUAUCUUAAAUGUAUUAUCCGAGAAAAAGAGAAAUAAACAAUAGUGUACAAAUUAA